AUAUUAUUUUGAAGUUUUAGUGUAAACAGGAUGAAGCACUGGUGAACAGAACAGAGAGAAGGCAUGUGUUUUUGAUAAAAAUCCAGAACAUUCAAAAGAAGAUUUUUUUGAUGGACUGUACUGGACUAACCUUCAGAAGUCAACAUUAGGCAGAUAUUCUGGUAACAAUACUAGCUGGCUGACGAAGCUCUGAAUUACAGGAUUUAAACACCUGUGAGACAACACCUAGAGCAACCGAGACUGAAAUUUGGAUAUUCUGUCUUCUUGGAUAUUGGAUCACUUAAAUUCAACAUUGUGACAAUGCCUGUGAUUGUACUAGAGGCCAGAGACUUCACUAAUCCCCUUUCUUUGGUGCGGACAUGGGAAGUCUUAUCUGGCCUUACCACCUUCAGUCUUGUGGCUGCACAGAAAAAUCAAUCGGACAUCGAACACCUCAGCACAUUCAGGAUCUUCUGCAUGUUUACCUGGUGCUUCUUCUUCAUCCUUACACUCUUCAUUCACAUUCUCAGUGUCAUCCAGUUUCACAGCCUCAUCCCAAUAUCCUGGAAGAACUUGACGGUGACAGUGGCAGUCUUAGGUGCACUGAUGUGUUUAAGUGCCUCUGUGGUUUUCCCUUGGAUCAUCAUGGAUCACAAAAGCGUGUCGGCGUACCCUGUGGCAGCUGCUGUGUUCUCCUGUCUGACCUUCCUGGCCUACUCCUCAGAGUCAUAUGUUCUUUGCACCCAGGCCCAUGAGCAAAGAGGCUAUAUGGGCAGCAUGCCUGGUCUCCUCAAGAUACUCCAACUCUGGGGAGGCUGUCAGAUGAUACCCCUGGCUGUGGUGGCAGUUCGUGAACUGACUGGAAUACACCCUUGGCAGCUGUGGGUCUCAGGCAUGUCAUACAGUGUGUGUGUCCUCAUGUCUGUAGUCACACUGGUGGUAAUAUUAGGAGACUUUGCUGGCCGAUGCCUUUUACCUUUCGACAGAUUUUUGGCUGGCUUCAGUCUGAUUGGGGUGUUGCUCUACAUGGUGGCCACAGUGAUUUGUUUUACCAAGAUACUGCAGCUGAAAGACCCCAGACAAAAUGAUGACAAAAGAGAACGGGUCAUCAUGGAAACAGUGGUUUCCAGUAUUACACUGUUAGCUUAUACAGUGGACCUUGCCUUCUCCAUUAAACAGUUGUGUGACAGGAGCCACACAUGAAGUAACACAUAAAAUAUAUUGCAUGUGAAGUUUAUCAUCUAUAGCCAUGAAGAUUUAGGAGGAAAUCACAUCUCAUCAUCAUCACCAUCAUCAAGUGUGUAAAAGUCAAACUGAAUGGAUAUCUCUGCUGUUAACAAUUGCUGUGUAAUCAAAUGAUCUGUCUAGACCUCUGAAUUGCAAACUUAUAAGAUCGAAACAAGUUAUUCACACAUGCUCUUUUCUAAUCAACCCUUUGCACAUAUUUGUAACCACGUUUGACCUUUAUUUUGCGAUAAACAAACAUUUUAAUUGUAUAUGGAUGUGUUGUUUAAAUGGAUAUGAAAAGGGUUUUAAAAAAACAAUAAUCUUGCAGGUCAGAUUAGGCUAUAUUAUAUUUUUGCCUUACGAGCCGGAAGAAGGGGUAUGACUGGCAGUUUGAUAUCCCUGAUGUUGAGCGUACAAAAAUGAGGAAACCUGGCACCAAAUGGUACAUGCUGAUAAUAAAAUAAUUUCUGUCUUAUCACUAAAAAACAUUUCAAGUCUAGUGUUUUCUUUUAGAUUAUACACUUUAAAGCUGGGAUCUGUAGGCUAUGUAAGGAGAGACCAUGUUUUGGGCCUUCAUUUGUUUUUUGGCUGUGAACAACAAAGAUAAUAGGCUAUAACAUGAAAAUGUAUAGAAAGUGCCAUUUUUUAAGUAGUAUUUGAAUGUUGAAGUGGCCCUCCUAUGAGGUGAGGUGAGGUGAGAGUGCUGCUUUAAAGCCUGCAAAUUAACAUGUGCAUCUGUUUAAAAUCACACGACUGGACUUUAAUUUUAGAAUAUUAGGUAUAUAAGUGUUUUCCCGCAGCAGGAAAUACAUUGGUCUCAACAAUGUUUUAUUGUGAAGGUUUUUAAUCAGAUAAAUCACAAUCUUUAACAGUAGUGGUUAAUUAAGACUGUUCUUUCAGUUCACAUGGACAAGCUGCAUUACAUUACAUCUACUACUGUAUGCUACACACUUAAAAAUAUUACUUUAUUUAAAAAAACAGAAAAAGGAAGGAGAAAGUGUUUGAUUUCAUAUGUGCUCAUUAUCUCGUUUAAUUCAAAUUAAAGACUGCAGAUCUGACAAUA